AUGGUUCAAACGCCAUCGACGGGUACCUGUUUACGAGUGCUGAAUCGCUUCUGCAAAACGAACUCAAAUUAUGAGCUCUUUUAUGGUAGUCGGAUUCUAGACAGCACGCAGAGAGUGCUUGUUCUUGAUUCUUCCUUCAACCCACCGCACUGUGGACAUCUCAAUUUAGUACAAAGAGCUGUUAAGCACUUCGGAAAUUGCUCUCUACAUGUCAUUCUAUUGUUGUCCACGAACAAUGCAGAUAAACUAGCGCAGCCUGCUUCGUUCGACAAAAGAAUGGAUAUGAUGUGCAUCAUGGCAGAUAUACUCGAGGAGGAUUCUAUCAGAGCUUCCGUGGGAAUUACCAAAUUUGGUAAGUUUAUUGACAAGUCGGACGCAAUGCACAAAGAGUUGGACCCGAAGAUUAUAAUUACCUAUCUGUUGGGAUUCGAUACGGUUGUAAGAAUAUUCGACUCCAAAUACUACAAACCGUUAUCAACAGCAGAAGCCUUGAAAAACUUCAUGGAGGGGACCGAUUUCUUUUGCCUUACCAGAAAGGAUGAAAUUGACUGCACUCAGCAAUUGAAUUAUGUAAGAGGCAUUGCCAGCGGCGAUUUUGAGCCUGACAUUCCUAAAUCGUGGCAUUCUAAAGUAGUGAUUGAGGAGAACGAUUCUCACACGUCUGAGAUUUCAUCUUCAAAGUUAAGGAAAGCCAUUCGGAAUCCAAAGCAAGACGUUUCGUCGUUCAUCCCCUCGGAAAUAUAUAAAUACAUCACGGAAGGCCACGACAACGAAAGCAUUUUCGAUUCGUGA